CCGAAAUUCUGAUUGCUCGAGGCUCUUUGCUAUCACCACGGCGUUUCUCGAGGCAAAUAAUCCUUCAUACCGGACACAAUGGCGUCGACUUCUCAGCCUCCGCUUCGGUUCACCUCCCACAAAAAUUUCGUCUAUCGUCUCGUCUUUUCUACGUUGACCGGCCGCACCGUCCAUAUCUCUCAGAUCCGUCCUUCGUCCCCGACGAACCCAGGUCUCGCUCCGCAUGAAAUCUCUUUCCUUCGCCUUCUCGACGCUGUCACCAAUGGCUCCCAGAUGGAAAUCUCCUACACGGGUACUAUUGUCGUGUACAAACCGGGUCUUAUUACUGGCAGCGCUACGGGCACCGGCGCCAGUGGAGGUGUGAUUCGCCAUGAGCUCCCCGCAGGAUGCACUCGCGGAGUCAGCUAUUUCCUCAUUCCUCUGUGUCUUCUGGCACCCUUCUCCAAGUCUCCGAUUAAGGUGACUUUCACUGGUCCGGGAGUGAUUACCUCGUCCACCCCGACGGGCGAUAUGUCUGUCGACAGUGUGCGUACUGCUAUUCUCCCUCUCUUCAACCAAUUCGGCAUCUUCAACAACAUCGAGCUGCGCAUCCUCAAGCGAUCCAACCCUGGGCCGAAUGGCAGAGGAGGUGGCGGUGAAGUCCAGUUUGUGUUCGGUCACCAAUUGCGACUACCGAAAACUCUUCACCUGAUGAACCCGGGUCGAAUCAAGAGGGUUCGCGGUGUGGCUUAUUCGGUGGGUGUUUCUGGAUCCAAUAACGCGAGAAUGAUCGAGUCCGCCCGUGGCAUCCUCAACCCUCUUGUACCCGAUACCUACGUUUUCUCUGAUGUGUCGUCGGCGCCGUUCGUGCCUGCUCCGGAGAAGACCAACCCGUCAGGAAAGAAGAAGAUUGGCCUUGGCUUUGGUCUGUCCCUGGUCGCUGAGUCGUCUACUGGGUGCCUGUUCUCCGCCGAUGUGGCAUCGCCUCCCUCCGGUGGUGAAGCGCCGGAGGACAUUGGGAAGCGAUGUGCCUACCAAUUACUUGAAACCGUCUCCAAGGGUGGCUGCGUUGCCCCUGCAGGAGUGCCGAUUAUGCUUGGUUUGAUGACCAUGGGGUCGGAGGAUGUGGGCCGUAUCCAAGUUGGCCGCGAGGUGAUGGCUGCCGAAAGCACCAUUCAACUGGCCAGGGACCUGGCCACAUUCGGUGCCCCGGGCUGGGGUCUUCGCGAUGCUAGUGGUGAAAACGAGAAUGGAGAUGUGGUCAUCAGUGUCGUUGGACGCGGCAUCGGCAAUGUUGGGCGCAAGGUCGCUUGAGCGUGAAACAUCGUCACAGCUUCGCCUCACUCCCUGGGGUCGGCUGGUUCGAGUAUUAUCGAUUAAUCCGAUCGAAUAAUAUGUUUCCUGUCUGCGGCGGCUCUAUCGGCAACGUCGCAGCUUUGUU